CUAGGGAUAAUGACUCUUCCUGCUUUUCACCUAAGUUGAAUAAGCACCCUGUGCACUUUAAUCUCCUGUCGGUGCCAUCAGGCUAACUGAAGACAGGGUUUGGAAAUCUCAGUUCUAAAGACAUCCAGCCAAAGUCUCAAUCUUGCCUUAACAAUGUUCCAGAGGCUGAAUAAAAUGUUUGUGGGCGAAGUCAACACUUCCUGCAACCAAGAACCAGAAUUUAGUGAGAAAGAAGAUGAUGAAUGGAUUCUUGUUGACUUCAUAGAUACUUGCACUGGUUUCUCAGCAGAAGAGGAAGAAGAAGAAGAAGAUAUCAGCGAAGAGUCACCUACUGAGCACCCUUCAGUCUUUUCCUGUUUACCGGCAUCUCUUGAGUGCUUGGCUGAUACAAGUGAUUCCUGCUUCCUCCAGUUUGAGUCCUGUCCAAUGGAGGAGAGCUGGUUUAUCACCCCUCCCCCAUGUUUUACUGCAGGUGGAUUAACCACUAUCAAGGUGGAAACAAGUCCUAUGGAAAACCUUCUCAUCGAACAUCCCAGCAUGUCUGUCUAUGCUGUGCAUAACUCCUGCCCAGGUCUCAGUGAGGCCAGUUGUGGGACUGAUGAAUUUCAUAACCCAGGUAGUCCCAGGGCCAGGAAAAGCUGCUUAUAAGACUCACGGGCACAGAAGUGGAAGCUCAAAAUGAAAUGGGGCAGCACAUUCACUGCUACGUUGCAGCUCUUGCUGCACAUACAACUUUUCUGGAACAACCCAAGAGCUUUCGCCCUUCCCAGUGGAUAAAAGAACAUAGUGAAAGACAGUCUCUUAACAGAAAUAGCCUCCGUCGCCAAAAUCUUACCAGGGAUGGCCACUCCCGGCAAGUGAAGCACAGUGGCUGGGUUGUUCAUCAGCCCUGCCCGCGUCAGUACAAUUACUGAGAUUCCAAGUUCUGUUGGUUGGUUUCUCUUGGUUUGUGCAUGUGUGUGUAGAUGUGUGUGUAUGUACAACGAAAUGUUGUCUCUUUACAGCCAAUUGAUGACCAAUCAGAUAGUUUUAUCAGUGUGUUUAGACACUAUCUUGAAAAGCAGAUUUAUAUGCUGUGUAUCACAUAAUGCCUUGCUCUUAACACUUUUUUGUAAAUUUUUUCAGCAUAUUUUUGAAAACAUAUCAAUACAAUUACAGUAUUUGGUGUUUAGGGGGUGUCUUUAAAUCUGUUAAGAUGUACAUGAGUUAGUCAGCAUUUUAAAGACAUUUCUUCCCAAGGAUGAGAAUAGGUAUCUUUCAAUUUCAUUUUAUUUUGUAUUACUUAAUCUUUUGAGUAAUCAAAUUUAUUCUCAGGGUCAGCCAUACACUUUAUUGACCAGUACUUGAUAAUCUUUUCUGUAUAUAACGAAAACGUUUUUACACACUAACAUGAGCAUUAACAGGUGAUAGUUGCCAUGGACAUAAUGGAAUUAUGGCUGGACUUUGUUUUGAAUGAAAACUUGAUAUAUUUCUAUGUGUAUGGUUUUUUUUCCCCAGAUUAGUCAUGCAGUUCAUUUUGGAAUUCAGGUACAUUAAGCUUUGGUGGACAGUGCUUUCAGUGAUUCCAAUGUGACUCCAUGACAUGGUACAGACUUCAUAGGUGUCGUGGUCAAAAGUCCUUGUCUCACGUGCAGAGGGAUUAAAUUAGACCUGUGAAAUUGUAUUUGGGAAAAUUCAUGUCUGUAACUAACCCAUUAGUGCAGUGUUUGUGUUUAAGUGGUUUUGAUUUCUUCUUGCCAGCUCUGCCCACUCCUCACCUUACAGCAGCUG